AUGGACAAAUCAGAAAAAAAUGAAAUCACAUACGAAUACACAAAACGUAGAAGGGAAUUUGGAAAACAAACCCUUUUUGAAGAUCAUGGUCCAGAAAUGUGUGUCAGUAUUCCCUGUAAUCCAAACUAUUAUAAAAAUUACAUACUACGAAAUCCUGUACAUGUUGCCAUACAAAAUACUUCAACCAUGUCGGAGCACUGGGUCAAUUCAGUAAGAGCGGAAUAUACAAAUUCCGGUAUUAAUCAUAUAGAAGGUGGUUGGCCUAAAGAUAUUAACAUGAACGAUCCCGAAGCCACGCAGAGAUACCGACGUAAAAUUGAAAAAGACGACGCUUAUAUUCAUGCCGUAAUGCAUCUUGGCCAUAGCAUGGAGCACAAUAUUUUGCAAAACAAUGCAGUAGACAUGUAUCAAAUAUACUAUUCGGAACUGCCAAGGAUUCCACCGGUAGAAAAAAGCAGCUGCCAUACUGUGAACGUAUAUCGAGAGCCCGGCAUCAGGAGGCCAGUAAGAUCUCUGUCAUGGCAGACUGAUGGUGGAGCUAGGCUGGCAGCGGCUCAUGCUGACGUCGAAUUUAUGAGAAACAACAGAACGUUGCAAUUAUCAUACAUUUGGGAUAUAGAAAAUGCAAACGCACCGGAGCUGAAAAUAAAGCCGCCUCAACCAUUGCUGGAUUUGCAGUACAACCCACGCGAUCAACAUACACUUGUUGGUGGUAUGAUGAAUGGGCAGGUAGGCUGGUGGGACACUCGUAAAGGUAGUGAUCCGGUUGGAGUUUGCCCACCGCACAUGGCUCAUCGCGAUCUCGUGCGUAACGUUUUGUUCAUAAAUUCGAAAACCGGCGCAGAAUGUUUUUCCUCGUCCCCUGAUGGUGUUGUUAAAUGGUGGGAUACACGAAACAUGAGCGAACCUACAGAUUCUAUGAUAAUCGAUCUAGUAAAAUUACCAAACGAUGCACAGAAUAUGGAAAACGCUUUAGGAAUUUCUGCUUUAGAAUAUGAACCAACCAUACCAACUAGAUUCAUGGUGGGAACAGAAACAGGCCUAGUAAUCGGAGCAAAUCGUAAAGGAAAGACUCCAUUGGAAAAGCUUCCUUCUAAAGGGCUACUAGUAGCAUGUGGUAGCAGCAAGGGAACUAUUUAUUUAGCAGAACUAUCACAAAAUCUUGGAACGGCCGACAAAAAUGACAAACAACUUCUUACACACAUACUAGAACGAGAGAACAAACGUGAACGUAUUCUAGAAGCGCGUAUGCGAGAACUCAGAUUGAAAAUGCGACAAGACCGUGACUGUGGACAGGCUCAAGUGACCGAGAGCGACGCGACGAAUAGCGACAGAGAUCUAGAGGAAGCAACUGCAGAAUACAACCACACUAUUAACGAGUUGAUGGCCCAACAAAAAGUCGACUAA